GCCAUGGUGGUGUUCAACGGGCAGCUGCGGAUCCGGAUCCGCGAGGCUCUGCAGCUGCAGCCCACCGCCUGGUCCCUGCGCCACGCCGCCGCCGGCCCCCGGGCGCAGGGCUUCCUCCUGGACACCUACAUGGCGCUGAACGUGGACGACUCGCGGGUGGGACAGACGUGCACGAAGCAGAAGACCAACAGCCCCGCGUGGAACGACGAGUUCACCGCGGACGUGCACGACGGGCGCACGGUGGAGCUGUCCGUGUUCCAUGACGCGCCCAUCGGGUACGACGACUUCGUGGCGAACUGCAUCAUCCAGCUGGAGGACAUCCUGCAUGAGGACAGCAAGCACUUCGAGGACUGGAUCGACCUGGAGCCGGAGGGGAAGGUGUAUGUUAUUAUCGACCUGUUGGGAUCUUCCAGUGAAGUUGCAGCCGACUCCAUCGAGAAUGAGGAGCGUGUGUUCCGGCAGCGGAUGCGUCCCAGGAAGCGUCAGGGCGCCGUCCGCCGCCGGGUCCAUCAGGUCAACGGUCACAAGUUCAUGGCCACCUACCUGAGGCAGCCCACGUACUGCUCCCACUGCAGGGACUUCAUAUGGGGCGUCUUAGGGAAACAAGGCUACCAGUGUCAAGUGUGUACCUGUGUGGUCCAUAAGCGCUGCCAUGAGCUGAUCAUUACCAAGUGUGCUGGGAUGAAGAAGCAGGACGACACAGUUGUGGAGUCAGUCGGGUCUCAGAGGUUCAGUGUCAACGUUCCCCACAAGUUCAGCAUCCACAACUUCAAAGUUCUGACCUUCUGUGAUCACUGUGGGUCUCUGCUCUGGGGUCUGCUGCGACAGGGUCUGCAGUGUAAAGUUUGUAAAGUGAAUGUGCACCGGCGCUGUGAGAGCAACGUGGCUCCGAACUGCGGCGUGGACGCCAGGGGAAUCGCAAAAGUCCUCGCGGACCUCGGAGUCACGCCGGACAAGAUCUCCAACAGUGCACAGAGACGCAAGAAGCUUCCCCAGGGUCAGGACCCCCCGCUGCAGAUUUCAGGGACGCUUCAGGUCGAAGACGACCGCUCAAAGUCCGAACCCACGUCCCCGUGUGACCAGGAUGGGAAAGAGCUGGAGAACAUCAGGAAGGCUCUGUCGUUUGACCACCGCGGGGAGGAGCACAAGACGCAUCCCCUGUCCUCGCCAUCCUCUGUUGCCGCGGUAACGGGGGACAGAGGGGAUGGAGGCGGAGCCAAAGUGGAGGGAGGAGGGACCCGGGCGAACGGUGAGGUCAAAGGUCCCAGUGCUCCAGAGGCCAGGAGGAUGAAACUGCAGGACUUUGUGUUCAUCAAGGUUCUGGGGAAAGGAAGCUUCGGAAAGGUGAUGCUGGCGGAGCUAAAAGGCAGCGACGAGGUCUACGCCGUCAAAGUGCUGAAGAAAGACGUGAUCCUGCAGGACGACGACGUGGACUGCACCCUGACGGAGAAACGCAUCCUGGCCCUCGCCAGGAAACAUCCGUACCUGACACAACUCUUCUGCUGCUUCCAGACUAAAGACCGUUUGUUCUUCGUGAUGGAGUAUGUCAACGGAGGCGACCUGAUGUUUCAGAUCCAACGAUCGAGGAAGUUCGACGAGGCGCGUUCCCGAUUCUACGCCGCCGAAGUCACGUCCGCCCUGAUGUUCCUGCACCAGCAUGGAGUCAUAUACAGAGACUUGAAGUUGGACAACAUACUACUGGACGCGGAGGGUCACUGUAAACUGGCAGACUUCGGGAUGUGCAAAGAGGGAAUCCUGGACGGAGUCACCACCACCACCUUCUGCGGGACACCAGACUACAUCGCACCCGAGAUCCUCCAGGAGCUGGACUACGGCCCCUCAGUGGACUGGUGGGCUCUGGGCGUGCUCAUGUACGAGAUGAUGGCGGGCCAGCCGCCGUUUGAAGCCGACAACGAAGACGACCUGUUUGAGUCGAUCCUCCACGAUGACGUCCUCUACCCCGUCUGGCUCAGCAAGGAGGCAGUGUCCAUUCUCCGAGCGUUCAUGACGAAGAGUCCUAACAAGCGUCUGGGCUGCGUGGUGUCUCAGGGUCUGGAGGACGCCAUUAAGCUCCACGCCUUCUUCAGAGAGAUCGACUGGACGCUGCUGGAGCAGAGGAAGCUCAGGCCGCCGUUCAAACCACGCAUCAAAACCAAAAGGGACGUGAACAACUUUGACCAGGACUUCACUCGUGAAGAGCCCGUCCUGACGCCGGUGGAGGACAACAUCAUCAAGCAGAUCAACCAAGAUGAGUUCAAAGGUUUCUCCUACUUCGGGGACGAGACUGCGGCUUAGACGCACGUGCACAUACGGUUAACUUCAUGCAUACACAUAAGAAAAAAACCUUCAAGCAAAGACACAGUAUUUAAAGAAACGUGGUCUCCGGAAUGAGACCUCCUGAACUUUUCCAGAUUCUGACCUCUCCAGGAAUUAUACUAGACCGCCCGUGUCGCUCAUCAUGGUUUCUGUGCUCUUGUUGUUUGUGUAUUGUACUGUUUUGACCGAGCUGCAUGCGAGUGCAGUUCAGACGCUGUAAGAAACGCACCGAGCUACCCCGAGAGUACGUCACAAGGAUUCUCUGAACGAAAGCUGAGCUGCAAACCAAAGCCUGCGCCGCGUUUUCAGUGUUUUGAAGGAGUUGAACGUUAGUGUGCGUGAGAGAAAAGGUCAUGUGUGUACACGAGUGCAUGCGUGUGUAGUUUCACACAUCUCGAAAGAGAAAGGCUAUCAUGUCCGUACAUGCUGUGCUGUUUCCUGUGUCUAUCUGUGUUUUAAAGAAUGUUUUUUCUUCCCUAAACUUGUAUGUGAAUGAAAAAACAAUUGAACUAAUGAUUGUAUUUAAAGAAAAACAGUAUGUUACUCAUAAUAAAAAGAGACGUCACAAGGAGACGCAAGAAAUCAAAGACUUUUCUGACGAGAUCGUGAGGAAAUAAGAGCUUUAUUUUUAAUUUAAGUCAAAACUGGCAAAUUAGACGCAAAGUUAAGAAGAUGCACCGUGACAGUGACACUUUGGCUUUUUGAAAUUUACUUUAGUUUCAUCUCAGCAGUUAUUUUCUCACUGUAGAGAGAAGGGCGGGCUGUUUUUAGCUCCUUAGCAUCGAUGGUCCAAUUAGAAAAGAAAUGUUUCCAUUAGCCGCCUGCUAACACACCCACAGUUGUAUUAUAGUCACCUUGUGUGUGCAUGUGUGUGUGCGUGUGUGUGAGAGUGUGUAGUAGCUGUGCACUGGACCUACAGUCUCCAACAUCACAAACCAAUCUCCCAUGAUUCCACUUUAAAGUCGUGGGUCAAACACAGUGGUGAAUGUGUGAUAACUGAAUGUAUUCGCUCUGCAG